GGAGCGCGGGGACCAGGCGAGCAGGCCGCGUCGCGCUCACCAUGGUCUGCUGCUGGGACGCCGGGGUCCUGCUGUGCGCGCUGCUCAGCGGUCUGCUGCUCACAGGAUCUAGUUCAGGUUCAAAAUUAAAAGUUCCUGAACUGAGUUUAAAAGGCACCCAGUACGUCAUGCAAGCAGGCGACUCGCUGUGUAUCAAAUGCAGGGGGAAAGCAGACCACUCCUGGUCUUUGCCUGAGACGGUGAGAAAGGACAGCAAAAAGCUGAACAUCACGAAAUCCGCCUGUGGCAGGAACGGCAAACAGUACUGCAGCACUUUGACCUUGACCGCAGCCCAGGCACACCACACUGGCUUCUACAGCUGCAAAUAUCUAUCUACUCCUGCUUCGAAGAACAAGCAAACAGAAUCUACAAUCUAUAUAUUUAUUAGUGACACAGAUAGACCUUUCUUAGAGACGCACAGUGAAAUACCUAAAGUGAUACAUGUGACUGAAGGAAGGGAGCUCCUCAUUCCCUGCCGGGUUACAUCUCCUAACAUCACUGUUACGUUAAAAAAGGUAAAGUUUCCACCUGAUACUCUGGUCCCCGAUGGGAAAAGAAUAACCUGGGACAGUAGGAAGGGCUUUGUCAUUUCAAAUGCAACAUACAAAGAAAUAGGGCUUCUGACCUGUGAAACGACAGUCAACGGACAUUUGUACACGACGAGUUAUCUCACAUACCGACAAACCCACAUAAUCUUAGACGUCCAGAUGAGUCCACCAAGCCCCGUCAAGUUGCUUAGAGGUCACACUCUUACCCUCAACUGUACUGCCACCACGCCCUUGAAUACGAGAGUUCAGAUGACGUGGAGAUACCCUGGUGAAAUAAACAAGAGUGCUUCUAUAAGACGUCGAAUUGACCAAGGCAGUUCCUACGCCAAUGUAUUCUACAGUAUCCUUGUUAUUAACAAAGUGCAGAGCAAAGACAAAGGCAUCUACUCCUGUCACGUGAAGAGUGGCCCAUCCUUCAAAUCUGUUAACACCUCAGUGCGUGUAUAUGAUGAACCAUUCAUCACUGUGAGACAUCGAAAACAGCAGGUGCUUGAAACUGUAGCCGGCAAGAAGUCUUACCGGCUGUCUAUGAAAGUGAAGGCGUUCCCCGCGCCGGAAGUGGCAUGGCUAAAAGACGGGUUACCUGUGACGGAGAAAUCUGCACGCUAUUUUGUUCAUGGCUAUUCAUUAAUUAUUAAAGAUGUAGCUGCUGAAGACGCAGGGAUUUACACCAUCUUGCUGAGCAUAAAGCAGUCAAAUGUGGUUAAAAACCUCACGACCACGCUAAUCGUAAAUGUGAAGCCCCAGAUUUACGAAAAGGCUGUGUCAUCACUUCCAGAGCCGAUUCUGUACCCGCUGGGCAGCAGACAGAUCCUGGCUUGUACCAUUUAUGGUGUCCCUCCACCGACAGUCCAGUGGUUCUGGCGUCCCUGUAACCAUAACCACUCGAAAGCAAGGUAUGACUUUUGCUCCGAUACGGAAGAAUCCUUCAUCCUGGACCCUGACAGCAACGUAGGAAACAGAAUCGAGAGCAUCACUCGGCGCGCAGCAGUAAUAGAAGGAAAGAAUAAGACCGCUAGCACCUUGGUUGUGGCUGACGCUAGAAUUUCUGGAAUUUACAGCUGCAUGGCUUCCAAUAAAGUAGGGACUGUGGAAAGAAACAUAAACUUUUAUAUCACAGAUGUGCCAAAUGGGUUCCAUGUUAACUUGGAAAAAAUGCCCACAGAAGGAGAAGACCUGAAACUUUCUUGCACAGUUAACAAGUUCUUAUACAGAGACAUUACUUGGAUUCUGCUGCGGACAGCUAACAACCGAACCGUGCACCACAGUCUUAGCAGGCAAAAAAUGACCGUCACGAAGGAGCACUCUGUGACGCUCCACCUUGUCAUCAAGAACGUUUCCCUGGAAGAUUCGGGCACUUACGUCUGCAGGGCCAGGAACAUAUACACAGGGGAAGACAUCGUCCAGAAGAAAGAAGUGACAAUUAGAGAUCAGGAAGCACCCUACCUCCUGCGAAACCUCAGUGACCACACGGUGCCUGUCAGCAGCUCCACUACCCUGGACUGCCGCGCUGGUGGCAUCCCUGAGCCUCAGAUCACCUGGUUUAAAAACAGCCGCAAAAUACAACAACGACCCGGAAUUAUUUUGGGACCAGGAAGCAGCACGCUGUUUAUUGAAAGAGUCACAGAAGAAGAUGAAGGCGUCUAUCACUGCGAAGCCACCAACCAGAAGGGGUCCGUGGAAAGUUCAGCAUACCUCACGGUUCAAGGAACCUCAGACAAGUCGAACCUGGAGCUAGUCACUCUGACGUGCACCUGUGUGGCAGCAACCCUCUUCUGGCUCCUACUGACUCUCUUUAUCCGCAAAUUGAAAAGGUCUUCUUCUGAAAUAAAGACUGACUACCUGUCAAUUAUAAUGGACCCAGACGAAGUUCCCCUGGAUGAGCAGUGUGAGCGGCUCCCGUACGAUGCCAGCAAGUGGGAGUUUGCCCGGGAGAGACUGAAACUGGGCAAGUCACUUGGGAGAGGGGCUUUUGGAAAAGUGGUACAAGCAGCUGCAUUUGGCAUUAAGAAGUCACCCACGUGCCGGACGGUGGCUGUAAAAAUGCUAAAAGAGGGGGCCACCGCCAGCGAGUACAAAGCUCUAAUGACCGAACUCAAGAUCUUGACCCACAUUGGCCACCACCUGAAUGUGGUCAACCUGCUGGGAGCCUGCACCAAGCAAGGAGGGCCUCUGAUGGUGAUCGUUGAAUAUUGCAAAUAUGGAAAUCUAUCCAACUACCUCAAAAGCAAAAGAGACUUAUUCUUUCUCAACAAGGAUGCGGCAUUACACAUCGAGCCUAAGAAAGAAAAACUAGAGCCAGACGUGGAGCAAAGCAAGAAACCAAGACUAGAUAGUGUCACCAGCAGCGAGAGCUUUGCAAGCUCUGGGUUUCAGGAAGAUAAAAGUCUGAGUGAUGCUGAGGAAGAGGAAGAUUCUGACGAUUUCUACAAACAGCCCAUAACUAUGGAAGAUCUGAUGUCUUACAGUUUUCAAGUAGCCAGAGGCAUGGAGUUUUUAUCUUCUAGAAAGUGCAUUCAUCGGGACCUGGCAGCACGGAAUAUUCUUUUAUCUGAGAACAACGUGGUGAAGAUUUGCGACUUUGGCCUUGCCCGGGAUAUUUAUAAGAACCCUGAUUAUGUGAGAAAAGGAGAUACUCGACUUCCUCUGAAGUGGAUGGCUCCUGAAUCUAUCUUCGACAAGAUCUACAGCACCAAGAGCGACGUGUGGUCUUACGGAGUGCUGCUGUGGGAGAUCUUCUCCUUAGGUGGGUCUCCGUACCCCGGUGUGCAGAUGGAUGAGGAGUUCUGCAGCCGCCUGAAGGAAGGCAUGAGGAUGCGGGCUCCUGAGUACGCGACUCCUGAAAUCUACCAGAUCAUGCUGGACUGCUGGCACCGAGACCCCAGAGAAAGGCCGAGAUUUGCAGAACUUGUGGAAAAACUAGGAGAUUUGCUCCAAGCAAAUGUACAACAGGAUGGCAAAGACUACAUCCCACUAAAUGCCAUACUGACAGGGAACAGUGGGUUCGCAUACCCAGCCUCUGCCUUCCCUGAGGACCACUUCAAGGAAGACAGUUCAGCUCCGAGGUUUAAUGUAGGGAGUUCUGAUAAUGUCAGAUAUGUCAAUGCAUUCCAUUUCAUGAGCCUGGAGAGAAUCAAAACCUUUGGAGAACUUUCACCAGAUGUCACCUCCAUGCUCGAUGGUCACCAGCUGGACAGUGGCACCCUGCUGGCCACCCCUUUGCUGAAGCGCUUCACCUGGACUGAGAGCAAAUCCAAGGCCUCACUAAAGAUCGACUUGAGAUUGACCAGUAAGAGUAAGGAGUCGGGGCUCCCUGACCUCACCAGGCCUGCGUCCUGCCACCCCAGCUGCGGGCACACCAGCCGGGGCCAGCGCAGGUUCACCUGCGACAGCUCCGAGCUGGAGGCGGUCUCGCGCUGCUCCCCUCCCCCGGACUACAACUCGGUGGUCUUCUGUCCCGCGCCCGUCUCAAGUGUGACCGCCUGACUUCCGGAACCGCAUGUAUUUAUACCCAGAAACAGAGCUUCCGCCAGUAUUAUACACACAAGUUUGCACCUCUAGCCUUCCACAGGGGCCUGACGCUCUCUGUGAUUUUAACAGUGCUUUUGCCUUUUGACUAACAAGAAUGUAACCCAGAUACAUAGAGUAAUAGUGACAAGUGAAAGGCACUACUGCUAAACCCUCCAGUCCCGCAGCGUGUUAGAGAAAGUCUUUCAAGCCCAAAGACUUCGUGCUCCUUCCCCCCAGGCCUCAGGGCCGCGGACGCUUCGAGACACACACUGACCAUGUGCCGCCAUGCACCACACUGGACCAGUGACUGCAGCCCUGGACCGGGGGACACCUGUCCCGAGCUGGCUGAAGCAGUGCCCCUGGGGUCGUCCAGCAGACGUGACGUGAGGAGGACGAGAGGUGGGAGAAAUGCAGGGACAACAGGAAGGGCGCAGGAGAGGACUGGAGCUGCACUGCAUAGGGAAGGAGUGGGACAGCGCCCCCGAGGCCACUCCAGGGGCGUCCGGACCCGACUGACUGCUCUGUUUGCCAACCAGCCGGAGGCUGAUCGAAUAGAGGGAUGAGGGGCCUCUUCUGUUCUGGGAGGCGAGAAAAGGAUGAACCUUUUUGGGAACAACAAAGCACAUUUUAAAACAGCGACAGGACUGUUUCUCUGCCCAUCCCCUGUACGGCACCCUUUGUACUUCCAGCCCUGGAGCGGGUGCUCGUCCCUGAGCUGCCGGCCCCCCGGGGAGACCCUGAGCUGACCUGAGCUGCGGUGGCGCCAGUGGGCUGUGUCGUGGGUCAAUCGCUGUCGGCUCACUGAACACCUGGCCUGUCAGGGUUGUCUGCUGGGGUUGUCUGCUUAAGGCCCCCAUUUAAAAAAGUAACACCAGUCUAUUAUGAGUGUUAAUGUAUAGUCAAGACAUCAGCCUGCCCGGUACAGUUUCAGCACGCAGUCUUGGAGGGCGCUCCGCACAGACCAGGGCAGAGGACCAGCCAGGCCGAGGGCCCAGACCACCGCCUGCAAGUUGGGACCUGAAGGAUAGGAGUCAGUCGUGUGUUUUUUUUAUUUAACAGGGAGUCCAUUAUCCAGUCUGUCUCCUGGAAAGAUGUGUUAGAGCAUUAACCAAGGCUUAUUAAGCACUUUAUGCUCCUUGAGAGAAAAGGUGGUAAGACACUUCUGAAUCGGGACUCAAGAUAUUAACCAGCCAUCGAUAGGAGAAAGCCUCUUUCCUCUGCUUUGGACCUUGCCUUGGCCUGAGGAUGCUGGAAACAGCACAGGGUACACAGGGUGCCUGCCUUCAGGGCGAAGAGCCCUGGUCUCCCGCAGGCUCCGCCUGACGCUCUCUCUGCGUCAGGAUGUCCGGAGCCUGUCCAAGCUCCCCGGCAACAGCGACCUGCUCGGGCAGAGAGCACACAGUCCUCUGGAUGCCCGUGACGAACUCUGGAACCUGAAGUACCAGUGAUGGCAGUGCCCUUCCCGUGCCAGCUCGUGUCAGGUUCUUUGUGCGGAGCUGGGGACUGGGCCUCCCCCAGGGGACAGCAGGCUUCUGGUCGCUCUGCUGCAGCUGAGCAGGGGGUCAGGCACCCCCACCAAGAACAGAGUCCGAACAAAAUCCGGCCAGAGGGCAAGAUGUGUUCUCCCUCUUCUUCACCAACCGAAAGCACCUGUCAUCGUGUGAACCAGGUAACCGAGAGAAGAUUCGACACAGGGAAGGUAAAAGACC